UUUACACGGCUUUACAGCUUCCAACUAAUGGGGGAAGCAUUUGCGUAAAGAUUUGAGGGUUGCGACCUACUCUAGCGAACAACAUCCUCGACAACAAACAAGAACAAUAACAGGGAAACACCCAUCAGGGAUAUCACAAAUCUUUUUGUGAAAUCGACACAGGAAUUCUUGCAGAGGAGCUGAAGUCUGUGAGCAGGACGCUGUCAGAAUGAUGACCCAGGAAGACGGGGACUAUCUAAACGGCACUUAUGAAUACGUGGACUAUGGAAAUGUGGAGGAGACCAAGGCUGGAGGCUACACUCAGAGAGAAGCUCUUCACAUCAUAUCAGUGAUCAUCUACAGCCUGGCGUUUACUCUGGGAGUAAUCGGGAACGGCCUGGUCAUCUGGGUGACCGCCUUCAAAAGCAACCGGACCGUGAACAGCGUUUGGCUGCAGAAUCUGGCCAUCGCCGACUUUGUGUUUGUGCUCUUCCUGCCAUUCUCCAUCGACUACGUGCUGCGAGACUUUCACUGGCUCUUCGGGAAGACCGUGUGCAAGCUGAACUCGUUCGUGUGCACCAUGAACAUGUACGCCAGCGUGCUGUUUCUGACCGUCCUGAGCUUGGAUCGCUACAUCUCACUGGCCCAUAUGAGCUGGUCGGAAAGGUAUCGAAACGUCCGGAGGGCCUGGUGGGUCUGUGUGCUGAUAUGGAUCACGUCCUGCUGUCUAAGCUGUCCGGCCCUGAUAUUCCGUGACGUGAUCCAGCAUAAAGGGAAGGUUGUGUGUUUUAAUAACUUUCACGAUGAGAGCAGGCACAUGAUAGCGGUGAGGCACAUUGCGAUGGUGUCGCUGCGCACCAUCGUGGGCUUUCUGCUUCCGUUUGCAACCAUCACCAUCAGCGGCGUUCUGCUGGCUAUUAAGAUGCGCCGAUCCGACUCGGUACGCUUGACCAGCUUCUCCAGAACCGUCUCUGCCGUGAUUCUUGCUUUCUUCUUGUGUUGGGUGCCGUUUCACACGUUCAGCCUGAUGGAGCUGAGCAUGCAUCACACCACCUACCUGCACUCCGUGCUCAUCGUGGGCUUCCCACUCGCCACCAGCCUGGCCUUCUUCAACAGCUGCGUCAACCCGAUUCUGUACGUACUGCUAACCAAGAAGGUGCGUAAACUGGUGAGGAGGUCGUGUUUGAACUUCACCAAGAGCUCGCUGAGGGAGCUGAGUCAGUCUGUGUCUGCGACGGAGUUAGACUCGCCACUGCCCAGCUGCUCUCCUGAAGAACCCACGGCCAACUCCUCCGUCUGAUCAGCUCAGCAAUCACCCCUGAACUCAACGAGCUUUGGGCUUUUAGCUUUUGAAAUGAAACUUCUAGAGCUCCAGCUGGACUCAAGUAGAUUUUGCCAAAGUGGUUGGGAAAUACUGGCUUUCAUUUCUAAUAUAGCACAUUACAAUGUAUUUAAUGCAUUGUCUAUUUUAUGUCGUACAAUUAAAAAAAACAUAUAUAGUUUUACCUGUAACCAUAAGAAAAUAAUUAAUAUACUUUUCUCUGCAAAGUAUUUCUGCACAUCUCUGAGAGAAAGAUGAGUGAUAUUUCAGCUCUGUUUGAAAGGAUUGUUUAAAUUUGAAUUUAAAUUCAUUUGACUUAUUAUCAUGUCGUUUGGAUGCACUCCACUGAAUCAAUAAACUCGCUAAUGCUAAUGUCUUAGAAUUAUACUGCUUUAUCUAUAAAUUAUUAAAUAAAAGCAAAAAUAAAAUAAAUAGCAAAAAUCUGAGUUACAGUGAGGAACUUAUAAUGUAAGUGAAUUGGAUCAACCCUUAAACAUUAAAAUACUCAGUGUUUCAAUA